AUGCGCGUCCGAAGCUUAGCUGCAGUAGCCGAUGCUGCUUCGUCACACGAUUUCCCUCCGCUCCCUGGAGUAGCCGCGCAGGUGCUCGACGGCGAUAGAAGCAAGAGUAGGCGUAAACAGACUUUACUGAAUUUACUCGACGCGUUGCAGGAGUUGAGUGGGGAAGAUGAUUUAGGUGCUCCAUUGAUCAAUGACCAGCCCAGCUUCGAAGGCGACAGAGAUGUCCCCACCGUCGAUGAACACUUUCAAAGAAUCGGAGCAGAGGCGUUUAACAGGUUUCAGAGGCGAAUUCUCAAUUUGGACAGAGAGGUGAACCACCCUUUUGCGAAUGCAGCUCGCCAACUGGGGAGUUCUGUAGGUAUCUUGUCGUCUUCUUUCAACCUGCGAGAACGUCUCGCGCAGGUCCUCUACCUCUUCCGUGAAAAUGCUGCAGAGCUCUUCCCAAGAAAGGUUGCGCGCCAACCACGCGAAGUCCUUCUGCAUCCGAAUAUGCGGCAUUGGCAGAAAAGCAAGCGGUACAAAGCACCUCCACCUGUUGCAAACCCAGCAGUUUCAGAAAAUCUGGAUCCCGAGGAUUUCCCUUACCAAUUGCAAAUGUUCGCACGAGACGUCAUGACCUUCCUGGAUUGCCUCAAUGAGUUCCCGGAGUUUACGGAUGAGGCCGUUAAUACGUCCAUCUUGUCUCUAGAGGGCCAGUUCCGAUAUCCCGCUGUGGAGCGUUACUUGCACGACAUCAGUACAGAGAUGGGCGACCACUUAGACAGCAUUACCUCGUCGUUAAGCGUGUUUAUUGAGAUUGGUGUCCCGACGAUCCGUUUCGCGCAGCAGCACGCGAGCCAAAAUUUGCUCAACCUGACCACGGUGGCGACAUUUUUUUCCGCGGUGACUGCGACGACGAUGCAGUUCUCGUAUGAUAUGACAGCCUCCCCUUUAUCACAGACGGUCAACACCUUCUGGUUUACCUCGCUCGUCUUUAGUAUUGGAGCUGCUGUUAACAGUCUGCUCGGGCUGACGUGGAAACAGGCGAUGUACCGGUCGCCCGGCCAUAGAGUUCCAUGGUGGGUGCUGAUCUGGAUUAAAAGGUCACCUUUGGUGUUCCUUGUCCUCUCCGUCGCCUGUUUUUCAGUAGGCCUCGUCCUAUUCGCAUACUCGUCCGGUCAGGACAUCGUCACCAGGACGCUUACGACCGUAUUCUCAGCACUAAGUUGCUUUGGUCUAGCAGCUGUAUCGAUGUGGUUUGUAUCUGAGAAGUGGAUCUUCCUCCGCCACAGGGGCCAGAAGUGGCUCGGAGAUGUACUUUCUGAAACGAAAGUGCAGGUGUACGCUGUGCCCGGCAUCAGCUGGAUCAUCCAUGAGCCUCGCGCUCUCAUGCAGACAGCGAGCUCAUGGAUCGUUCGACAGUGCCGCAUCGCAGGUGACAAUCUGUCUCGAGUGAGUGCACGGACGCUCGCCAGAAUCAGCUCGAUGGCUUCCAGCUCUGAAAAGCUGGAGGAGAAUGAGCACAAUAGUCCGACUAUACCACACGGCAGUCCGGACCUACCAUCCCCCGUGCGGGCCCGUACCUCAGACCUCGGGCCUCUGCUUCCUAUUUAUGAGAGGAGCCCUGCAACCGCGACGUCGAUGGACGGGUAUGACGCUACUACUGUACUGAGCGACGACAGUACCACGUCUGCUGCUGAGCCUGUCACAGCCAAGAGUCGAUUCGUCAAUGCAGUGCGAUCUGUGAUGAUGUUGCGCUCCGCCGCGAUACCGUUCGGCCUGUCUCCUCACAGUCUGAGGAGGCAGCGUACCGACUCGUCAGACGCGGGUCGAGGAGGAACGAGUUCCGUCGAACCGUUGGGCCUUCUGAGGAGCUCGCGUGUGGCGGCGCUUGUGCCUAAGCUCAGGAGCCUGCACACGACCCAAGAUCUGGCCGCUCAUCAGGCCCUAGUCAGACACUUGCAGUUCUCACCUAAUGGAAAGUUCUUGGCUACUUGGGACAGGACAUCGGUUAUUUUCCGUGUUGGUGAUCCACUCGUUUCGCACCGCAUUCUCGCACAACCUCAAGGCUUUGUGGGUCAAGUAGCAUGGUAA